AUGCUAGAAAAGGUUCCAUCCAAAGAAGAUGAGCUCUUAUUGAGGCCAAAACCAUCGUUUGUUAUCAAGACCAAACUGGAUGUCUCCACUCAAAAGCCUAAACGUGAAAAGGGAACAAAAGUGUUUUUGAACAUUUGUUCAGAUGAUAAUGUUCCAUUACCUGAAGUUGGCUAUGAUCCUAGUAUCAUAUACCCUUUGAUUAUGGAUAACAAAUGGGAAAUACCCAUUGUUACAUCACAAGAAAGGGUUGAUAAGGAUAAAAAAGGACAAUUGGCGUAUGUUUAUGAUUGUAUCAUCAAUACUAAAGCGAUGAGGUGGGUCCAGAGAGAUAAAGAAUUACGUGAAAUAUUGGUAGAGUGGAGUUUGGAGAGUGCUGAAUUGAGAUCAGGUAUUCAAUUAUCAAGAGAAAGUAUAGCCACUCCAAAAAUGGUAUCUAAAGGUGAAGUUCAAGAAUUGACAAUAUUGAAAUCGGAAUUGGAUAUUAAUAGGUUAAACAAAGAAUUUGAAAGGAUAAAUAAUAUGCAAAAUGAACCACAAUCAAUAUUGGAAGCACAAAAAAUAGAUGAUGAAGAAAUGGAAGAAGAGCAAAACAGUAUUGACAUUUUCAAUGUUAAUGCUUCAGCAGAUCAAUCUGAUAGCUCAAUAACUAAACCUUUGAUUCAAGAAAUCACCAACAUGUCAAUAAACCCACCGCCUUCAAAAACUAAAAGCCAACCACAAGUAAUAACCAAAGAGAAACUGAAAUACUCGACAACUUUCAGUAAGAUUGAUACAAAUGGCUACAAGCUGAAAAUUGAGAUCAAAUCACAAAAUGACUCUUCAUUGGACUAUGAUAUGCAUUUGGAUAAAAGUAACAAUACAAUUAUUUUGAAAAACUUGAAUCCAAAAUAUUCAACAACAAAAGAUUUCGAACUACCACUUCCAACAGUUUUCCAAAAUCCCUCAAUAAAGUCAUUUUUCGUACAUGAUCAAUCUACAUUGGUAAUAUUUGUCAAAUAG